CGUUACGACAUUUCUUUUCCUUGUCGCUCGCCGCACCACCUUCACACAACACCCCCACGACAUGCCCCCGUACUGGACUGCGCACACAGCACAGCCACCUCGAUGAAUCACGAUCACCGCGACAACGGCCGCUCCACGCCGGAGGAGUCUUCGUCGUCCUCGAGUCGCCGCAAUGUCUCCACGCCCGACCCCUUCGUCCCGCGCGUGCCUGGCGCCCCCGGCUACAUGACAGUAGGCUCCGGAUCGACGCCUGAAGCCGCCGCCCGUCUGGUGUCGAUGCUGGACGAUGAUUCUGGGUAUGGAGGCAGCAUGCAUGAUGGACAGACCUCCAUCCCAAGCUGGCACUCUAACAUUGGCGAGGACAGGCCCUCGGAAUCGCCCACGUCGAUACUGCCCGCUGGAUCUGGCAACCCGGAACACGACCGACAGCGCAGCCAUGUCCUGCAGCUGCGAUACAACCAGAACAAGAAUGCCCUGGGCCGUGCCAUCCACGGCACCAUCGACAUCCUGAAGACAUUCCAGGACAGGAAUCUCAAGUGGCCAGCCCACUACCCCUCCGUGCAGAAAGAGCGCAAGUCCUCUCAGAGCCGUGAUCCGCGCCCUGGCAUCCAUCACACACAGUCCUCGAUUGGUGAUUUCGAACCGCAUGUACGCUCGCCCGAACGGCCACGACCUCUCCGCCGCGCCGGCACGUCGAUAGGAGACGACCUUGUUGCCGAGUCGAGCUCAGCUGCAGCUGCGAAACAGAAGGAAGAGCCACGUCUGGUCACACCAAAGCUUGCGCAGGAUUUCUCGGUCCUCAAGCUGGAGUUACGAAUGGGCGGCCGCACACAGACCGACCUCGUACACUCCUUAGAGAAAAACUCCAUUGCCUCGCUCCUUGACGGUCAGAUUCAGCAAAGCAUUCGCCACCUGUACUCAAUCAAAGAGCGAAUCGAGGACACCUCGAGCAAAGUCCUUGUGACCGGAGAUCUUAAUGCAGGAAAGUCCACCUUCUGUAACGCUCUGCUACGGAGGAAAGUACUGCCAGAAGACCAGCAGCCGUGCACAAGCAUAUUCUGUGAGGUACUAGACUUCAAGGAGAACGGUGGUGUGGAGGAGGUCCACGCCGUUCCCAUUGGCUCCGUCUACAACCGCAACAACGAAAGCACAUACACAGUCUUCGACCUGAAAGACUUAGACAAGAUUGUCAUCGACAAUGAGCGCUGGUCCCAGUGCAAGGUCUACAUUCAAGAUAUUCGUGAUGUGGAUCAGUCGAUCUUGAACAAUGGCGUCGUUGACAUUGCCUUGAUCGAUGCUCCGGGUCUCAAUGCUGACUCAUUAAAAACAACUGCCGUCUUCGCCCGUCAAGAGGAGAUCGAUGUGGUUGUGUUUGUCGUCUCUGCGGCGAACCACUUCACCGAAUCAGCGAAGAACUUCAUCUUCAGCGCGGCUCGUGAGAAGGCAUAUAUGUUCAUGGUCGUGAACGGUUUCGACGUCAUUCGCGAUCAGCGCCGUUGCCAGGAAAUGAUUCUGAAGCAGGUUGCGGGUCUCAGUCCAGCAACCUUCAAGGAAUCAAGUGAGCUUGUUCAUUUCGUCUCGAGUAACGCUAUCCCAAUGGGCUCGAGUGGCAGCUCACCGCCUGGCGAUGACGGUGAUGACGACCCGUCUGAUAAGGGGAAGGGGAAGGGCAAGGAAGCUGAGAAGAUCCGUGACUUCGGUGACCUUGAGACCUCAUUACGACGUUUCGUGCUGGAGAAGCGGGCCAGAUCGAAGCUCGCUCCUGCUCAGACCUAUCUUCUGAACGUUCUCGGCGACCUCCACAGCCUGGGUGAUGCCAACCAUAAACACUCGCGGGAUGAACUCGACCGUCUUACAAAGGAGAUCGAAGCGCUCGAACCUGAGUAUGAACAGUCGAAGAAGUCCCGCAUAGAAGCUGGUGAACAGGUGGAGCGAACCGUCGAAGAUACCACAGCGGAAGUAUAUAGCCACACGCGCGACACCCUGAACACAUGCAUUGCAAGAGUUGGAGAGCAGGACAUGGGUAUCGAGUACCCCGGGCUUCUAUCCGCCUAUCAAUAUGCUGAGGAUCUGCGAGAUUCAAUGCUGCACGAGGUCUCAGAAACAGUACGUCUUUGUGAAGAGCAUGCACGGACUCAGGCAGCCCAGGGCUACAACGGCAUCAAGAACUUAGGCAUCAUGCACCUUGGCGACGACGUCCACGCUGGCGUCAAGUUCCUGCCAGAACGCAUGUUCAGGAAGUCAAUGCACGCUCUGGCACGCCAGGUGGACAUUGACAUCGAACUGUGGGACUUCUUUGACGUUGCCAGCCUGUGGGAACGUCAGGAGAAGGUCGCGGGUACUAGCAUGGCCGUCACAGUUGCUGGUGUUGUUGGUGGCAGGCUAGUCGGUGGUGUUGGCUGGCUCGACGGCGCGCUUGGUGCCGCGAAGGUCAUGGGAUCGAACAACCUGAAAAGACUUCUGAUUCCUGGUGUCAUCGCUGGUGUCGUCAUCGGCAUAUCAUACGUUCUCUCCUCAGUACCGAAGUCCCUUCCACACCGUCUUGCUGCCAAGCUGUCACAACAGCUCUCAGCCAUCGACUACACCCACCAGAAUGCUCUCCGCGUCAGCUCCGAGAUUCGCCGCGCCCUCAAGAGCCCCGCAAACGAUGUCCGCAUCGGUUUGCAGCGUAACGUCGAGAAGCUACAGCAGAAGAGGGAGCAGACGAGCAAUUUCAAAGUUGAAGCCGAGGUCGCACACAAGUACUUCAGCAACCUCGUACGCAAGAGCAAUGAGCUCAGGCAGACCGUGCAGCGCGUCGACCUUGAGGCUGCGCCGCCUACUUUUGCGCCGAGUCACUGAGCAUUUCCCUUUCGCCUUAGUCUGCAUUCAUACUUGUACUGUCGUGUAUAAAAAGAGGUCAUCAUUGGGACGGGCGUUUGUAAGGCGCUGGAGAUACGUGAAACGGUCGAAUACUACCCUACAUACCAGCUUCUUUGUGAUGGUUGUACAUACACUAAUUCAAUACCCCUCUUGCUCUUUUGAACAAAA